CGUGCUCCCUGAUGUCUCUUUACAACAACACAGAAGUCAAACCAGGCGUUUGCGUCAGCUGGCAUCUCACAUUUUGAAGAGAAGCCAAGCUCCUUAGUCUAACUGGCUGAACUUUGGAUGAAGAUCAUGAGGAACUAUCAGUCUCUACACCUGUUCCUUGUUCCAAUUUGGUUUUCCGUACUUCUCCUCCUCCUCCUCUGUCCUGCAUCUUCUGCUUCAGGGUCUGACUUAAAUUUUGGACCCCACCCUCGCUUUGUUUGCACUCCUAUCCCCAUUGAUGCAGACCCUGCCUGUUCGCCUGUAGCAGCUCCAAGCGUAGGGGCUGCAGCGCCCAGCGGACCAGGCCAUCAAAGUGCACCUCCCGCUGGCUGGUGGGGGGCGAGCGAAGAGGCCAAAGCCACCAUCCUCCACCUCAGAGAGAGCCUGGUUCAGCAGAAAGAGACCAUCCUGGACCAGAGAGAGACCAUCAGAGAGCUGACAGUCAAGCUCGCCCUGUGUGAGGGCCUAGCACAGGGCCCCGCUCCUCAUGAGGAGCACCAUGGAACGGCAUCGCACUCACAGCACGCAGGGGUGGCCGGCCAUCACACAUAUGCAGACAACGGGCACAAUAGCAACCAGCAGAGUCACCAUGGAAACAGCAACCUCAUACCGGACUCACCGCUGUACCACUCUGCAGGGGGGCAACGAUCUGAUGGAGGGCAGAUUAGCAGCAGCCAGGGGAAGGACAAACAUGUGGCACCAGGGGACAUCACAUCAUCACCAGAGCACAUGGAGAGGAUGUUGCAGGCACUGAAGGAGAGGCUCAACAAUCUGCAGAAGAGGAACACAUCCAUCACUUACUCAAGCUCUCUAAAGGAGCUGCUCCAGAGGAAGAUCAACGCCCUAGAACAGCAGCUUCACCACAACACCGCCGCCCUCAGCAGCUCGAGCAACCACCACAAUGUUGAAGACAGCAAUCACAGGGACGAUGGAGACCACCACCACCAUGAUGAUGAUGAUCAUUACCACGAUGGCACACACUCCAAUGACCACAAGGAUAACCACAACGACAGCAGCCACAGUAACAGCGGGGAUGACACCCACAAUCAUGACAACAGCCACAAUGAUGGCCAUCACGACACAGAGGGUGACCACGAGGACCAUGAGGAUGACCAUGAGUACCAUGAGGGGGACCAUGAAGAUCAUGGUGACCAUGAGGACCACGAUGACCAUGAUGACGGCAACCGUGAUUAUGAUGAUCACCACAGUAAUGAAGCAGACAGUCACAGCUACCUUUCACACAGAGCAUACAGAGUACAAGGCCCACGAACUGGUUUCCACUCAAACAAACUGGAAACGAUGCUAAACCAGCUGCACCUAGCAGGAUCCAGCAGGAAGACAAUCAAGAGUCCCGAUGCCUUCCAGAUCAGUUUUCCCAUGAGAACCAAUUACAUGUAUGGGCGGAUGAAGAAAACGCUGCUGCAGGAGAUCUUUGCUCUGACUUUGUGUUUAUGGAUCAAGGCGGGUGUAGGGCCCAGCCUGGGGACGCCAUUUUCAUACUCUGCACCAGGACAGGCCAAUGAACUGGUACUGAUCGAGUGGGGGAACAACCCCAUGGAGCUGCUGAUCAAUGACAAGUCUGUGACGCUCCCCCUGUCCCUGGGUGAUGGGAAGUGGCACCAUGUGUGUGUUACCUGGUCAACAAGGGAUGGACAGUGGGAGGUCUACCAGGAUGGAGUGCAGAGGGGGUCCGGGAUGAAUCUAUCCCCCUGGCAUCCAAUCAAACCUGGAGGUGUCUUCAUCCUGGGACAGGAGCAGGACACUCUUGGAGGCCGUUUCGAUGCCGCUCAAUCAUUUGUUGGGGAGAUGUCGGACCUGCACAUGUGGUCACAUGUCCUGACCGCCAGUGACAUCUACAGUUUGGCUUCCUGCGGCAGCCACCUCAGGGGAGAUGUCAUUGCUUGGUCGGAAACGGAGCUGGAGCUUCAUGGAGGCGUCUCCAAAUACCCCUUUGACCCCUGUCACUAAAAAGCUGUGACACCAUCGAAGAACUCGAGAGAGAUAUCUCUGAACUUACAGAGAACAUUCAAGAUAUAUCAAGGGUGCAAGAAGAAAACAAAGCUCCCUUUGACUUUCAGAUGCUAUUUGGAAUCAAUGCCUUCCCGUCUGAGUCUUCAGUGACUUUAAACAAAACAUCUAAUCUGUGUUUACAGAUACUGUGUAGAGAUUUAGCGGUCUUGGGCCUUAGGUUUUGGUCUGUAGUGUGUGAUCAUAUGCUAGUUAUUUACUUUACACAGACAGGUGCUGAAUGUGACACAUUGUCAUUUUGUUUAUAAGACUUGAUGCAGAAAUAUCUGUGAUCGAAUGAGCAGACUUACACAUGUUCUGUAUAUUUGUAGUUUAGAAAUGUGCUAAAAAUAAAUUCAUGAUAUGGAUACUCUUUCUUAAAGGGUUUCCAAAAGAAAUACAGCUAAUUUACCAAAGAAAAUGUAGAAUUGAAUUUUGUCAUACUUUGUUAUUUUAACACUCUGUUAGUCAUAGAUACUGUAAGUUGGUGUUUUAAUUUUGGAGACGAGCCUAUAAAAGGGAAUUCAGUAAAGCAGCCUUUGCUGGUUUUUAAUGACUUCACAGACUGUUGGUGGGAUUCUGUAAUCCAGCAGUGCUGCAAAAAACUAGUAGUAAAAAGUUUAGAUACUUAAAUGUUUGUUUUCUUUAACUCUGCAAUGCUUCUCUUCACUGAGUGAUGACAGUCGCUGACAUUUGAUGCUUUUCCCCUCUUAUCAGUUAUAUUCAUCUUUUUAAAAUCUGAAUCCUAGGUGUGAUCAAAUCAUUGCACUGCUUUUUAUUUUUUUUAUGAUCUGGCCUUGGCUGUAUAUUUGUUAUUACAUUGUAUAUAAAAGGAAUUCAGGCCAGGAUACUUGAUGUUAUGUGUAAACUUUUUUGUUUUCUUUGUUUUUUUAUGUUGCAACUGUGGGAAUUAAAGUGUGAAAGUU